GAGCUUAGAACGUUCGAUCCCACGUGCGCCCAGUAACAGUCGAAUAGCUGUUAGCUAUCCGUAGUCGAUCCAUGUUAGGAAAGUAACCAUCUGCGAUUUUUUCCCUGCCACCGCUGGUGAAUGUUUUCAAGAUUGUCAGCGGAGUCGUUUGCUUGGUGUCGCGUAAAAUAACAAUUUCCAUCAUUUUAAUAAUUUCUACCUCCUUCGGUCGGUUGUUGUUCUCUUGAGAUGUAAGGGACGAUGUAGUCGCUUCUAUCGGAAUCCGGAUAGGAUGCUUUGCUAAGGCUCUAUGUAGAUUUUUCUCCCAAUUUUAUUUUGAGUAAAUUUUAUUAAGAGAAGGAGACUCAUUAUUGACUAAAACCUCGCAUUUUUUUAAUACAUUGGUUGUUUUUAUCUUGGGAAGUCGUUUGAAAUUUAAACGUGGCGACUUUAGCCGAAAUUUCAUGUGAAUCUUUUUGGGAGGUGUCCAAUGUGGCGAUGAAGGAGCUGAAAAUGUUCCCGCAGAUCACGGAGGAGACGGAAGAGAACCUCCUCAAUUUGGAAGAUGAGCCCAAGAGCCCCUUCUCCUCGACACCCCCUCUCAACACAACAUCCUCUUCCUCCUCGGAGUCCCCUCCACCCAGCUCGCCCAACGACGAAAACCAAGGACCAUGCCCACUGGUGACUGUCGAAAACGCCGAACCCGCAGAACCCCCCUGCAACAGCACCACCGUCGAAGAAGAAUGUGCCACUCCGCCUGCCAGGGUUCGCAUGCGGUCCCUCUCAGGCGGUGCUUACCGCUUAUCCACAACGCUGCCAGCGACUGGACGAAUGAGAAGACAAUCUGGUGACGAUGUGUUGACUAGGGUGAGCCCCUCAAGACGAGCAGCCCUUUUCGAACAUUUCCGCCCCAGGUCGAAGUCGGACAGCAAAGGCAAAAGACCGACCUUCCUCAGCAACUUGAAGAAUACCUUCUUCAGUGGUAGUGCGCAAAGGAAGACCUCUCUUGAGGCUGACCCGCCUUACCUCGAGCCUUUACAACCCGGUGGUGACUACAGACAGAGAUCCCGUUCUGGUUCGGAAACAAAAGGAGGGACAAUGUCCAAAAUGAUUGACCUUUUCAGAAGUCGCUCCAAUUCCUUGUCCACAGAAUCAGGGAACAAGAAACCCUUAUCUUCUCUAGUGCCUGCAAAUGCUUUGCUCCGCCGUCAUUCCGUUGAUCCGGACAGGAGGCGGAAACCAUUCAGUUCAUCAUACCGGUCUCUCGAAACUCAGCAGGGAGAACCUUACGUCUGCCACACAGAGGAAGAUGGGGUGGAACGCAUUGAUUACACCAAUAUGGCGGAAGAAAAAAUUAUUCCCACAUUCUUGGGUUCACAUCCUUGCUAUGACGUCAUGCCAACAAGUGGGAAGGUCGUCGUCUUCUCCGUGGAACUACUGGUAAAAAAUGCCUUCAGUGCCCUUUUGUCAAAUGAAAUCAAAGCUGCUCCUUUAUGGGAUGCAGGAAUAAUGGAUUUCGUAGGAAUGCUUACAAUAUCGGAUUUUAUAAACGUACUAAAGUAUUAUUACAUCACCAAGCCAGAGGACAUGAAAGACAUAGAAAACCAGAGUAUAGCAACUUGGAGACGGAUGACGGGAGUACCGAAGAAAUUCGUUAAGAUCAAUGGCCAAGAUAGUCUUGCCCAGGCUGCUAAAUUUCUAAUUCAAGAAAGGAUUCAUAGAAUACCUGUAUUUGAUGAGAAGAGGCAAUGCGUGCUUUUUGUGCUAACCAAGAAAAGACUACUCCAGUUUCUCAGUCAAGGUCUGUUGGAGAAAUUCGAUAAAACGAAUGUAAGGACCCCAAGUUUCUUUAAAAAGACCAUCCGAGAACUAAAAAUAGGGACUUUUGAAGACAUCGCUGUGGUUUACAAAGAAACGAAGGUAAUCGAUGCCCUGAGCAUCUUUGUAACGAGAAACGUUUCUGCUCUCCCUGUACUUAAUAAAGAUAACAUUCUGAUCGAUCUUUUUGAGAAGUUUGAUGUUUUUGGCUUAGCCAAGGACCAGACGUAUCACAAUCUCGAAAUGACAGUUGAUGAUGUUAUCAGCAAACCUUACGCCCGUGAAACCGCUUGGAUAUGCACAAUGGAUGAAACCUUGCAAACUGUGAUAACCAAAUUCGUUACAAGAAAGGUUCAUCGCCUUGUAGUGAUAGACGCUAGGCGUGGUGUUGCUGGAAUGAUAUCAUUAUCGGACAUUCUGCAAUUUCUCGUCGUGCAGCCCUUGGCUUUGAUGGAAAGUGCCACCGUUUCUGAUACAAUCCUCGAAGGAACGGAAGGGGCUGUCGGUGGAACUGAAGUAGAAGUGGAGGUCGACUCUCCUGUAGAUGUAGAUUUGGUUACGGGCGUCGCGCACAUGAAAAUCUGCGAAUCUUCUGAAACAACCGACGACACCCAAGAGGAAGAGGAGGCUUCUGCCGCCGACUGAACUCCUCUCUGUCUACGUUGACGAUAACAGUGUACCUGAAAUUUUUCAAAUACUCUAGUCUGUGUAUAAAAACUGUGGGAAUAGUUACUUAAGAAAAUGCGGCAGUGCAUGAGUUCGAAUUUCCCACCCUUACGAUCAGUCUUACUUUUUUUUUUUAUUAUUGCCUGUGAUUCAUACGAAGCUUGUUUCAUUCCUCCUUCAGUUGAUGCUUUAAGUGUGUAUAAAUUUGUUCUAAUGAGGGCCGUAAUUGGAAUCUUUUGCUUCUGUUGUGUUCUGUUAUCGUUAUUUCAUGUAUAUAAAUCUGUAUUUAAAUAUCAUUAUUUUGCCUGCCAUUUGCAAUUUAAAUUUCUUGUAUCAUAAAUCACCAUUUUUUUUAUUUGCAUAAUGAAUUGCCCUGUUUUUUUGAUUUCCCAAAAGCAAAUAUUAAAAUUUUUGUAUAUCUCUUAUCCUAAUAAGUAAAAACUGUAUAUGUAAUAUACAAAGGAAAUUGUUUUGUUAGCACAAAAUAUCUAAUGAGAUUUUUACGAUAUUGUAGACAUUCAGAAUUCGAACAUCUGGGAAUGUCGUAAAAUAUUUUGUGCUCUUAGGGUAUAUUCUCAACGAUGGCUUUUGUAAAAUCUUUACAUUCAAGAGGCAUAAAUCAUUUAACAACUUUCUAAAUAUUUCGAGAGAUUGAUUAAAGAUUCAUCAAGGAUCUUUGGCUUGUUUAUGGAAUAUUUAAAAUUUGUUUUUCAAUGUUUCUGAAAAUUGUGUUAAAUUGAAUCUCAUGAAAACUUGAGAAAAAUAUAGAAAGAUUUAUUUUGAUUCAGGUGUCUACUAAAAUACACUUGUAUACAAUAAUUUUCGAUUUGUAUCAUGACAAAAUAAGGAUCGCAACGACAAAAUUAGGACUGGGUAUAAGGUUUCGACUUCGGGACCGGAGGGUUCUAGGUUCAAGACCCUAUUCCACCGAAGAACUUCCCUGUAAAUGGGAUUAUGCAUUAAGAAUAUUUGUAUAUUUUUUUUCGAGUAUAUAUAUCGCAGUGAAUUGAUGAAAUUCACUGUGUAUACUUGAAUACCUUAUGAUAAGUUUCUAGUAAAAGUUUAGUAUUGAAAAUACUAAGGCACAAAGCAUUCCUAUUCUGUUAAAGUAAUUUUCCAAGAACUGAUAUGCAUUCACUUUCUCUCGAAAUAUUUAUUGAAUCUAAUUUCUCCCACUUUUUCUUGGUUAUCAAACUAGGACCAGAUUUGACUGUGCUGUAUCAAAAAUUUCCUCAAAUCCUUAGUGAAUGACUGACCAAACAUAUCGACUGCGUUUUAGAAGGUCCCUUUUUCUCCUAUAACUGUUACCCACAAUCUAAGAUAUAUAUAUAUAAAUUCAAGUACAAAAUAUCAAAAUAAGGAGGAGGAAAUUAUUGAGAUUCCUAAAAUUUGGUUAUUUUGUUUCUGCUUUUUCUUUCAUUUUUGUCCAAUCCGUUCCUAAUACCUUUUUCAAUAAAAGCAUGCAAACUUAUCAGAUUGUUUUUUUUUAUGUACCUUGGUAAGCAAAAUUUUCAGUUUUUAUAGUUGAAUUCUACAAGACAGUCAAAUUAGUAAAACAUGACUCUGUAUUUUUGCAUAAAAUAGUCUCUUGUUAAAUAAGAAUGUCCAGUUGACUUUGCUCAUAAACGGUUAAGUUUAACAUCGUAAUCUUUGCUCACAUUUUAAUCUAGGUAGUGUCAUAAAUUAGUUCUUCAAAUAAUUUUAGCAAGAUUUGAAUUAAUUUCUUGGUUAACCUUUCUAAUGCCAUAAGAUUUCAAAUGAAUGCGAUUAGACCCUUCGUUUAAAGCGGUGAUCGAAUAAUCUAUUAUUUUAUAUUGAAAAAAGCACUUAUUAACUAUCUGUAUAACUGUAUUUCAUAGUAAACAGAUUCACAUGGUAUUAGAAGGGUUAACUAAAUCUUUGCCUUUAGUAAAUAGCAUCAACUGAAAAUGUUUAGAACAGGGCUUCUUAAAUUAGGGUCUUGUGAAAUAAUGUAGGGGCAUUCGAGAAAUUAAAAUUUUUUGAUAAUUGUUAAUUAAAACUAGUCAUUAUAAUGCAGUUGUUUAAUUAAAAACUUUGAAACUAUUUGAACUUAAUUUACCUUUAAAUUGCUUUAUCUCUUAAAUUUUAAGAAGCUCUGUUGUAGAAAUUGUUGUUUUUGCUCGGAUUUCGUUACUAAACUACCAAUUGAUUUUUGGUAAAGAAAAAGAUUUUAGUCUUUUUUAAAGUUUUAGUUUUGUUUUCUGUUGUUUUCACAAAGUAUUUUAGAAACUUCUUACUUUUGAUUGAUGGAAAAGGCUCAAAAUGUUAAAGUGUGAUUUUUUAUUAAAUUGUAUUAACUUUUCCCUCGUAAUAUUUUAGUUACGUUACUAUUUUUCAUAAUUUUACUGCAAAACUGCAAUUGUGUGUUUGCAGGGAAAAAAAGUAUUUCUUUAAUAGUGAUAAAUUAUUCCAACAAUUGUGUGUAUAGGGGGAUGGGGGGAUAAUAAACGAAAUGAAUCUAAUUUUUUUAACACCGAAUGAAUUGCAAAUUAUUUUCGCCAUUUGCUUUAAUUCUUAGUACAGGUUAAUAAAUUUGUAAAUGUAACGAAUCAAAAACGGUUAUUUGUUUUUAUGCUAAAAAUAUAAAAAGGCAUAAAAAUUCCUUUUUAUAUUUUUUAAUUGCAUAUAUGGUGUACAGUAUUAAUAAUUAUAAUAAUAUUUACAUAUCCUUCAGAUGUUUAUGCAUUUUGUGCUGGCAUGCUAUUUUUCGAAAACUGCAGCAUAUCCACAAUUAAACUUUUACAAUACUAAAAGUAAUAAGAUGCAUAAUCAUAAAUUUGUUAACGUAAGGAUUCCUUUUAAUGCUUAGGAAACUCAAAUUUAGUUCAAGUUUUGUUGCAAUUCCUAAAAAUAAAUAUAAGAAUUUUUUUUUCGAUUUGACGGUUUUUAUGAUCAUUUAUCUAACAAGAAAAGGAAAAUGAAGUUUCCUUGCAAAAGGGUAAGGAUCAUUUCGAUGGAAAACGACAGCACAGUCAUUUUAAGAAGCUCAAGUUUUAAAUUAAUAAACUAAAUUUACUUUUCGGAAUGUAUUAAUAAUUUUAGGUAGGUCGUUGAAUUUGAAUGAUUCAAUGAUGCCAUGAAAAUUCGAAAUUAUUUUUUUGGUUAAAUUUCAGUAUUAGUUUUAUUUCAUCAUUUAAAAUGCUGCUUUUGUACAUCUUGAGUAAUAAAUUUUUCUGUUUGUUAUGUUUAUAUUAUUUUUGUCGUUAUGUUUAAGUAGCUAAAAGUGUAAAUAUUUUCUUUCAGCGUGGCCAAACGAUAUCAGUUUUGCGCAUAAGUUUCGAACCUGGCAACAGAUCGAUAGAAUCUGCCUCCAUUUUCUUUCAGUAGCCUAAUUUUCUACUGAGUAUACCAGCGUGUAAAUAAUGAAUAGUAUCCCCGAAUAGCGAUAUUUUGUGUGUGCAUGUACAUUUUUAGGAAAGGUUCUAGAUUUUUUUUAUAGUUUCUCUUAGGCUUAACACAGUUGACUCGGUCGACAGUCAAUGAUCUUAUUUGCUAUGCAAGGAGCCGUACCACUGAUACGCCUGAUGCCGUACCAUAGGUGUUUGUUAUGUACCGUUAAAAACUUUGUGUAAAUAAUCUUAGUGGAGUGGGAAAAAAAUUUAGUGAAGGGGGACUUAUGGAUUAUCUAUUUUUCGUAAGUCUGUUGCGGAGAAGAAAGCAUUUGUAAAUGAUCCAUGUAUGAUAUUUCUGCGUUCAUUUCUGAUGUAUGUAAAAUUGAUUCCUUUGUACAGUUCAAUGUGUUUUUCAGCAUUGCUUAUUCUGUAAAUAUUUUGAAAAUGGAACUUAUUUUUGAGAGCGUUUUUUAGCUAUAAAAACAGGUUGUUAAUGUAGAUAAUGUUUGUACUAUGAUGAAAUGUUGAUUUGCCUUCAUAAUAUUUUAAAUGUUGAGAUUUGUAUCGGAUAUAAUUCUCGAUUUUUAGUUUCCAAUAAUCAUAUGAAUGUUCGAUUGUUCGUAUAAAUAAAUGAAUGUAACUACA